AUGGAUGGAGACGUGCAUGCAGGCGGGUGUAUCUUGACGGUGCAUGGCGAGUGGGCGCCUGUCUGCAGUCUCUGGAACACUCAUUGCCUGGGCUUUGUGGCUGGGGUACAGGAGAAUUACCGACUGUGUGGUUUUCUGCAGGCGGUGCAUGAGGCUGCAUGGGUACGCAUACAGGCUGACGGCCAAAUAUGGGAAACGGUCCUGUCUCUGGCUGGGGUUACGAUCGUUGCUGUUGCAAUCCCGCCUGUUAGCUCCCCAUUCGCCAUUGUGGAGGCUCACCUUCCAAUUGGGAAGAUGGGAUGGAGUUUGCAGUCGAUGGGCCGGAGGGAUGCCAGACUGUUGGAAGAAAAAAAUAGAUUGGUUUCGAUGAAGCGCAGCGCGUGGGGGGCUCUGCGCAAGGCUUCGAAAAUAGAAUCAGUUGGCGGCGGACCGAACGGCUGCGGCACAAUUCCUGUGCGAUCAAAGGUAUCUGCCGUCCCCCAAUAUCCCCGUUUCUUCGGUACGAAUGAUGUGGGAAAUUGCGCGAUCCGUAUAUGGGCUAAAUAUGGACAUAGAUAUGGGCGGCAUUGGUGGACCGUUGCCGUAGACGUGCAACGUUGA